ACCCACUUGGCUUUAUCCGAGUCUGGACACCAAAUUUCCGGUUCGCAUCAGAAGCCCUUGCUUCCGACGGCUUCCUUCCUCCUUCCCUCUGCGGACUCGAUAUCUUCCUUCUAUUUUUCCAUGUUUUCUUGCUUGGAUUCCUCCAUGGGAAUUUCCUUCUGCCUUCUUGCUCUCGGCUUCUCAUGUAGAUAAUUGGAAGAGAUUACUGCUGUCAAGGAUAGUGGUGGCUUCUGGGAACUUUGUUUUACGUCCAUUGAUCAAGUUGAAGGAAUUCCUCGUGGAACUUCGAAAGUUCCCACUGCCCAGCCGUGGAUGGUUGGGGUGCGUGAAUUGACUUGAUCAUAAUGAUGCAGUUUAAUCCUUCCUGAAUUACUUGUGAAAGAGAAGGCUGUUGGAACACUAUCCAGAAAACAUUUUAAUAACUUACACGUAAAAGGACAUGGUGGCUGUGGCAGGAUGGCAGCCUGAUGUUCAACAUAAGUUUGGCACGUCAUGCAAACUUCCUGAAAACAAGUUAGAGGAGCCACACUACUCUAGCUCUAGUUGGUACUAUAGUAAAAAAGAGAUUGAGGAGAAUUCCCCUUCUAGAAAGGAUGGCAUUGACUUGAGGAAGGAGACAUGUUUGAGGAAAUUGUAUUGCAGCUUUCUUCAGGAAUUGGGCGUCAAGCUGAAAGUACCUCAGGUUACAAUAGCAACAGCUAUCAUGUUUUGCCACCGGUUUUUCCUUGGCCAGUCCCAUGCUAAGAAUGAUUGGCAGACUGUUACAACUGCCUGCAUGUUUCUUGCUGGAAAGGUGGAAGAAACUACUGUGUUGCUGAGAGACGUUAUUGUUGUGGCCCAUUCAAUAAUUCAUAAGAGGGAUCCUGUUUCUGCCGAAAGAAUUAAACAAUGGAAAACAUACCGGGAGAAAGAAGGACUCAUUUUACUUGCAGAAAGGCUUCUGCUUUCAACAAUUGGAUUUGAUUUUAACAUCAUCCACCCGUACAAACCACUUGUCACAGCGAUAAAGAGCUUGAAACUUGGUCAGAGUGAACUCUCCAAAGUGGCCUGGAACACUUUAAAUGACUGCCUGCAAACCACACUUUGCUUGCAGUUCAAGCCUGCUUAUAUAGCAGCUGGUGCUAUGUACCUUGCUGCAAAGGUGUCAAAUGUCAAGCUUCCCUGUCAUGGAGGUAAAGUCUGGUGGCAAGAGUUUGAUGUCUCCCCAUUUCAGUUGGAAGAGGUUAUCAAGCAGAUGGUUGAAUUGUUCAUCCCAAACGGGCGAUCAGUCUCAUGCCAUCAUCCUCAGUCAAGUUCUAAACCUCUUUCGAAAUUCAACACAACUGCAAGAGAUGGAUUGGACAAUUCAUCUGAGAUUAGUUCACAUCAAUGGCAAAAUCCAGUUUGUGUUGAAGUUCAUGUUGAAAGUGGAGGUUCUGAGGUUCAUUCUGAAGUUCGGCAUUGUGAAAAUGUGCCUAUGGAUACGAGUAGCAGCAGCAUGGUUCUUCCUGAAGAUGGUCCCCAACAAAAGCAAGGCAGCCACCAGUGCAACGUCAAUGGAAGCAGUGAGAUGUGGAUUGGGGUGGAGAUAUCUGGUGUUAAAAAUGGUAGCCAGAAACUGUCAGUUAAUGUGAUCAGUGAUGUUGACAGAGAAAGGAUCAGAGCUGCUCUAAAGAGGAGAAGGGAAGGACGUACUGUUAAACGGGCUGCUGUUAUAACCAAUGAAGAAGACGAGUAUGAUGCUUGGAUUGAGAAAGAACUGGAAGAUGGUAUUGAGUUGGCUAAACCUGCGGAGUGCAAGUUGAGGUACGAAGAAGAUGCAUUUGAUGCUUGGGUUGAGAAAGAAUUGGAAGAUGGUAUCGAAUUGAUGGUAAAGCCUGCAAAGAAGAAGUUAAGGCACCAAGAACCUAUCUUCAGUGUUCAGGCUGUCUGAGAAGGUGUUUCUGGAUUGUUGUACAUACCUGGAAGCUGAUUUGGAAAAGAAACUGCAGACAAGCAGUUCCACUUCAAGCCGAAGAAGAAACUAGAGGUAGCUAUAGACUUUUUGGAUACGUCAUACAAUACGUUUCAUUUAUAUCCAUUUAUUUACAUUGUUUGAGCUCACCAACAUUAUAGAAUGCAAUCACGAUUAAUAUCAUUAUUCUUUCCGGCUUUUUGCUAUAAUCUUCUUGUAUUAAACUUUGAACAUCUAACCAUUUGUCAACGGAAAUUUUCCCA